UUGGGCCCCGCGGAUUCCGGCCCACGUCAGCCGGCCGCGCCCACCGUUGACUCCCCCACCCCGCCCACGGCCUGCCCGCGGCGGGCGGCCCCCCGAUAAAAGGCCCGCACGCCAUCCGCUGCCACGACACGGCGCAACUGCACGACAGGCCGAAGAGACCAGACCCAACCACAUCGGCUCGGCGGCCGGCGCAGGGGUUUCCUUCCCUCCUUCCAUCCACGAUCCACGGCCGCGGCGAGGCGAGGCGAGGCGAUGGACGCCGACCACGGCGGCGGUGUAGACGAGGCGGAGGCGGCCUUCUUCGCGCGCCGGGGCAGCCGGUGCUGCUGCUUCCCCUGCUGGCCCUCCUCCGCGCCCUCCUCGUCCUCCGCGCUCUCCCACCAGCGCGCCGGCGGCGGGGCGGCGGCGGCGACGCUGGGCGGGGAGGAGGAGCACUGGUGGCAGGGUGCGGUGGACGCGCUGCUCAAGGUGCGGGAGUGGUCGGAGCUGGCGGCGGGCCCGCGCUGGAAGACCUUCAUCCGGCGCUUCGGCCGCGGCCCCCGCCCGCACCACCACGCCUUCGGCGGCGCCCGCAAGCUCAACUACGACGCGCUCAGCUACGCGCUCAACUUCGACGAGGGCCACGGCGCCACCCCCGACGCCGGCGGCGACCACGCCGGCGGCUACCGCGACUUCUCCUCCCGCUUCGCCGCCCCGCCCGCCUCCGCCAAGUCCUCCAUGGACCUCGGCGGCCGCGACGCGCCGCCGCUCUUCCCCCCGCCGCCCGCCGACGGCGCCCCGCGGGCCUGACCUCCCCUCCGCCCCCCGUCCCCCCGGAUCACACAACACCACAGGGAAAGUAAAGGUAUCGGUCGAUGGAUGAUGGUGGUCAAACUUCAAACUUUCAAAGCGUGGCAAAAAGACGGUGGCCUUUUCUCGGAUGGUUCGGCUGCGAUGGGGAUCGUUUCUUUCUUCCAGUUCUUUCUCUCCUCUCCUGCUCCCAUGAUUGAUUGAUAUUUCGUCGCUGUACAAAGAAAAACGAAGAAGAGAAUCCAUUGUUACAUUCGUUGUCA